AUGGAGACCUCGAUGGCUUCCGAGGAUACGAGGGCCGGAGGCCGCUCACGUCGUGUCUCGCAACCGCCGGCAUACCUGCGUUCGUCAUACCAGUUGACGAUGCCGCGAGGUCGGCUGUCGAACGGGAAGCGUGGGGCGACCGUUCCCAAGCGCUUGAGCUUGUCCACUAAGGGAAAGGAGGUGGCACAUUCAGAGCAAGAUGACGGCACGGGUGCAGAGAGUGCAGAUUCGUCUGAGCGCAGCGAGGAAGAGGACAAGGAAAGCGAAGACACAUCGGCGCCAGGAUCACAAGAGGAAUCCGCCGACCAGGGCGCUGGAGGGAAGACGCACGACGAUGGAUGUGCAGGAAUAUCCGCGGCCAAUGCUGACAGGCGCACACAUCAAGAUGCGCGGGACACGGAUGUGUCUCGAGGCGACGGCCGAGGACAGGCGGACGGACUUGUUGGCCGCACACGCGUGAACACCUUGGACGCCAACGGCGAUGACGUGCGCAUCCCUAGCCGGAUCCUCGAGCAACUCAUACAGGCGCAGGACAAGAGCGCCAAGGAGAACGCGCGUUUGGAGGCGCUGUUUUUGAAUGCGAUGUCUCGCCCUUCCGGUGGCUCUGGUAAGCGUAAAGCUCAGAAGCAGAGAGACCCGGGGCAGGGUUGUAUGAACCCGAAGCGACAGCGUGGUGAUGGUUACCGGUUUGCACUUAUAUCAUGUUUUGUGUACACCGUAUGUGCGCAGAGGGUUUGCGAGCUGGCCAGGGUGCACAUGUUUCUCAACAGGCCGACGUCGACGAUGACCUUCUACCCGAGCAGCGACGAUAAGACUCACGGAGUGUGUGCGGUGCUGGACCGCCUGCCGCAUAGCUUCGCCUGUUUGGCGCUGGCGGCUGACAAGUCGCGUCGCGCGGAUCUCAACAAGACGCUAUCUGAGUGGAAGACAAGGGCUGCCGCACGCGUGCGAGACAUUGCACUUCCCAAGCUCGGAUUGUUCCGCGACGACAGGGACGCAUCCAGCCCAUGGGCGCCCGAGAAGGCACGCAGUAUCGAUAAGAUCCGGGAGCGCAUUGGUCUUGGCGCUGACCCCCCUGAAACCCUGGUGCUCACGAGCUGGGCGAACGACCGUGACGGCAUGCCGUUUGCCUCCCGGGCGUUCACGACAUGCGCGAAGGCUGCAUUCAGGCCCAAGAAGGCCGGGCUGGUGAUGACACUGAAGGUGUACCACCUGGCCUGGUUGGAGCAUGUGGUCUCCGACUGCGUCCUCUACUGGGAGGAGAGGAAAGGCCGGCUUUCCAACUCGGCCGGCGGCAACGCACACGUCGUGGACGGCCUCAAGGUCCUGGUGAAGGAGGUCGUGGAGAGGGCGAUCAGGAUCCGCAACCCGGAGUAUGACGCGGAGCGAGAGGCGUGGAUCUGGGGGCGCCAUGGACUGCGCAUCUCUGCGUGCGGCCUGGAGCACAUGAAGCCACCGCCGCAGCUCAGUCCGAAGAGCCUGAGGGGGACGACGACCUCUCGGCGUCAGUUGGUGAUGAGUAGGCCGAAGGGCGUGUGA